AUGUCACUGAGCAUGGUUAUCCAAUGCUUAACCUAUGUCUGUUAUGCCGGCUCGAACUUACGGGAUGGCGGCCCGGCAUCUCUCUUCCUGGGCUUUGCAGUUGUGUGUUCGUGCGUUUGGGCUGUAAUUCAAACCGUCAGUGAGAUGACUAUCGCCUUUCCUACCUCUGGUAAUUUCAUCGACUACGCGGAUCGCUUUGUCGAUCGCGCCUUGUCUUUUGCCGCCGGCUUUUCGAUGUGGAUCGGCUGGACAGCCAUCAUUGCUUCGGAGGCGACAUUCUUUUCCGUGAUUGUCAAUUACUGGGCAAAUGAUAAAGUGCCUGAAGCCGUCUGCCUUCCCAAUACCGUCAUCGGAUGGUUCGAGUACUUUACGUCUAUCUUGAAAAUCGUUGCCUUGAUUCUAUUUGUGAUCAUCGGUGUAGCUCUAAUCUUCGGUGCCGGCGCUGACGGCACAGUUCACAAUGGCGAGAAUUGGCAGAACGGGAUGGCGUUUCUCAAUGGCUUCAAAGGAUUUGGCAAUAGCGUGCUGCUGGCAAUUCUAGCUAUUGGAGACAAUACCUUCACAGGUUUCCUUGCCGGAGAGUCCAAGAGCCCCCGCUACUCCGUCGCGCACGCCGUGUUUUUGAUUCCUAUCCGAGUGGCCGUCUUCUACUUGGUUUCCGUGGUCAUUAUCGGGAUCUUGAUCUCUCCUAAAAACCCGCCCUUGUUGGGCAGCAGCGGUGUCGCAGCAUCCCCAUUCGUCAUCGCCAUCAACCAGGCCGGCAUCAAGGGGCUUCCAGACCUGCUCAAUGUUGUGAUACUGUUUGCGGUAGCAGCCAUUGCUGCAGAGAGUUUCUUUGUCGCGUCGCGCAUUCUUCAAUCUAUGGCCCAUCAAGGUCUCAUUUCCUCCUGCGUGGCAAAGGUUGAUUCACGGGGUCGUCCGCGAGUCUCGCUGGGUAUCACCGCUGUUCUCACCAUCGUGAUGACCUACAUCAACCUGAGCGGAGAGGGCACAACUGUUUUUAACUGGCUGUCCCAGAUUGCAAGCACUGGAUUCUUCAUGGUCUGGUUCAAGUCCACCUGGUGGCCAUUCCCACCUAUCUGGUUGUUUACCUGCUCUCUUUUUUAUAUCGGUUGCUCCUUCUACCUUGCUUUGUACCCGAUUAGGUCCGACACACCAACCGCAUAUUAUUUCUUCCAGUACAUGAUAGGCUUGAUCUUGAUUGUCGCCAGCACCAUUGCCUAUAAAAUAAUAUUCCAAACCAAAUUGCGUGACCCGCGCAAAGUGGAUUUGCAGACCGGACGUAGGCCAUUGAGUGUAGGCGAAAUUCGAGAACUGGAUGAAUAUGAGAGAUUGCCGCGAUGGAGGAAAUUCGUCUCAUUCGUGCAGUUAUGGUGA